AUGAUGAUCAGCUUUAAUCUUUUCGCGACCUUUUAUCUUUCAGUCAUUUUAUCAGCAAUUCAUGGAUAUGUGUUCCCUUGUCUGGAUGAGUGUCAAUGUGAUACAGAUGACGAAGUAAUCUAUUGCCAUAAUGGCCGCCGAACUACACUUGAACUGCCAGACAUUCGUUUGAGAGGAUUUAUUGUGAUAGGACUGACAAAUAAUGCAAUCGAAAAGCUUCCUGACGAAAAAUCCAUUUUGGAAUUAUUCCCGGACUUAAUGGCCAUUGACGUGGAAGGUAAUGCACAAUUCGAUUGUGAGUCGCUGAAGGCAUAUAAAAAAAUUAAGGUAUAUAGUGACUGUAAAGGGACCGAAUUGAUGAUAACGAGAGACCAAAAAUUACUGGAUAUUGAGAAUUCGACUGACAUAUGUGACUUCCAAUGCCAGGUGAACAAACACUACAAAAUCCUAUACAACUAUGUGGUGAAAUUAUGGAAGAUGCUAAAGAUGAAAUAUGAUGACAUUGACAGAGAGAAGAUUAUAAAGGAUGUGAAAGAUUUCUUCGUUAAUAUUGCGAAGAAAAUUGAAGAAUUACACACGAAAUGA